AUGUCUCCCGCUAUAGUGAGCGAAAAGUGGUGGAAAAACUCCAUCAUCUACCAAAUCUAUCCCGCCAGCUUCAAAGAUUCAAAUGGCGAUGGCAUUGGCGACAUCCCAGGGAUUAUCUCGUCUUUAGAUUAUAUCACAAGCCUUGGCGUGGAUGUGAUCUGGCUGUGUCCCAUGUACGACAGCCCGCAGAUUGACAUGGGCUACGAUGUUGCCGACUACCAAAGCGUGUAUGGCCCAUACGGCACUGUCGAGGACAUGGAGACCCUCAUCGAUGCAUGCCACAAGCGUGGACUUCGAAUUAUCCUGGAUCUGGUAGUGAAUCACACCUCAGACCAGCACAAAUGGUUCAAAGAAUCUCGCUCUUCAAAGACAGACCCCAAGCGCGACUGGUACAUCUGGAAGCCAGCGAAAUACGACGCCAACGGGAAUCGUCAGCCGCCAAAUAACUGGCGCAGCAUUUUCGGAGGCAGUGCGUGGGAGUGGGACGAGACAACACAGGAAUAUUAUCUCCAUCUGUUCUGUGUUGAACAGCCCGAUGUCAAUUGGGAGAAUCCCGAGACUCGCCAGGCAGUCUACGAGGAGGCGAUGGAAUUCUGGCUGCAGAAGGGCGUCGAUGGUUUCCGCGUCGAUACUGUCAAUAUGUACAGCAAGCACCCCGAGUAUCCCAAUGCUCCAAUCCUUGACCCAAAGUCCGACACACAACCUGCUUUCUCGUUGUUCUGCAACGGUCCUCGCAUUCACGAGUACAUGCGCGAGAUGAACGAUGUGCUUUCCAAAUACGAUGCAAUGACCGUUGGCGAACUGCCAAACACACAUACCGUUGAGGGUGUUCUGCGCUAUGUCUCAGCAGCAGAGAAGCAGCUAAGCAUGGUCUUUCAAUUCGACCUCGUGGACCUCGGCCAGGGCAAAGACUAUAAGUUCCUGACCACUUUGCGGGGCUGGAAUCUACGAGAACUGAAAACUGCGGUGAAGAGCACACAAGAUAUUAUCAAGGGUACAGAUGCAUGGACCACAGUGUUCAUGGAAAACCACGACCAGGGCCGCUCUGUGAGUCGGUUCGGUUCUGACAAGACACCCGAGCUGAGGGUUCGGUCUGCAAAGAUGCUUGCCAUGAUGCAAGGCACACUUUCCGGCACACAGUUUAUUUACCAGGGCCAGGAGAUUGGAAUGGUGAAUGCACCCCGGGAGUGGACGAUUGACGAAUACAAAGAUAUCGAUAGCACCAACUACUAUCGAAUGACCAGCAAAGUGUCAGGCGACGAUCAAGCCGCGCUGAACACGGCCAUGGAUUCUCUGCAGCAUUUGGCGAGAGAUCAUUCCAGACUCCCCAUGCAGUGGAGUGCUGAAGCCAAUGCUGGCUUUUCACCGGCCUCAUCGGCAAAGCCAUGGAUGCGCCCGAAUGACAAUUACCCCGAGAUCAAUGUGAAGCUCCAAGAGAAAGACUCAUCUUCUGUUCUUUCCUUCUGGAAACAAAUGAAUCAGCUGCGCAAGGAGUAUGCUGAUCUCUUGGUCUUUGGAGAGUUUGAGAUCAUCGACGAGCCAAAUCAGAGUGUCUUCACCUAUACCAAGACAAAUCACAACGAGACCAUUUUGGUGGUUCUCAACUUCUCGGAUACGACACAGAAAUUUGAGAAACCAGAUUCUGUGAAGAGCCAAGAUUGGAAGUUGUUGGCUGGCAAUGUAGAUGGACACAAGGAGGACUUACAGGCGUUUGAGGGAAGAGUGUUUUUGGUUUAG